AUGUCAUUGGCAGCAUCAGGAUCAAUGGAGAAACCAUGUACUAUAUUGGUACACUACGAUAAAGGAGACCCUCCACAAGUCAAUGAAUUCAAACAGACAUUCGAACAUGGUACCAUAGAACAAAAGAUAGAGACUCUCAAGAAGGUCAUCUUGUACACCGUCAAUGGUGAACCAAUUCCUCAAUUGCUAAUGCCAAUCAUCCUCUAUGUGAUGCCAUCGAGAGAUCACUACAUCAAAAAGUUACUACUUAUCUACUGGGAGGUCAUCGAGAAGACUCAUCUUGGUAAAUUGAAAUCUGAAAUGAUUUUAGUAUGUAAUUCAUUAUUACAAGAUCUUACACAUCCAAAUGAAUUCAUUCGUGGAUCUACAUUGAGAUUCUUGUGUAAGUUAAGAGAACCAGAGGUUUUGGAGUCAUUGGUCGAGCAAGUAAAGAAUAAUCUUGAAAACAGACAUGCCUACGUUAGAAGAAAUGCAGUACUCGCAAUCUACAGUAUCUACAGUUCAUUUGAAUAUCUCAUUCCAGAUGCACCCGAGAUUAUCUAUAACUUUUUAUUAUCUGAGGGAGAUGCAUCAUGUAAGAGAAAUGCUUUCAUUAUGUUAUUCAACUGUGCACAAGACAAGGCAGUUGAAUACCUCAGCACUGUAUUAGAUCAAGUUCCAUCGUUUGGUGAUAUGUUACAAUUCAUCGUUGUCGAAUUGAUCCGUAAGGUUUGCAAGACAAAUCCAGCUGAAAGAUCUAAAUAUAUGAAAUGUAUCUUUACAUUGUUAAACUCAUCAUCACCAGCAGUUAAAUAUGAGAGUGCAGGUACAUUGUUAUCGUUGUCUAGUGCACCAACAGCUGUACGUGGUGCUGCCAGUGCCUAUAUCGAUUUGCUCUGCAACGAGUCUGACAACAACGUAAAGAUGAUCGUACUCGACAAACUACUUGAGAUCAAGAAGAAUCAUUCAAAGAUCAUGCAAGAUCUUGUAAUGGAUAUAAUGAGAGCAUUAUCAAGUCCAAAUAUCGAUAUUUGUAAAAAGAUUCUAAAUAUUGUAUUGGAUUCUAUUACACCAAAGAAUAUUGAAGAGAUCAUUCUGGUGUUGAAGAAGGAGAUCAAUAAGACACAAUCGAAAGAGUUUGAUAAGGGAUUGGACUAUAGACACUUGUUGGUCAAGACAAUCCACUCGUCGUCGUUGAAGUAUCCAGAGGUGUUGGGCAAUGUAGUGCCACUGUUGAUGGAGUUCCUCGGUGACAGCUACUUGCCAACCGCUGUCGAUGUCGUUGUGUUUGUACGUGAGGUUGCAGAGACCUACGAGCAUUUACGUUCAUCUGUUGUCAGUAAGCUCAUCGAGACACUCCCACUGAUAAAGAUCUCCAAGGUGUAUCGUGUUGCCACCUGGACCAUCGCCGAAUACACAAGCUCAUUACAAGAUGUCGAAAACGCAUUCUCUGCCAUCCAAUUGGAUCUCGAUGAGAUUCUCAAACCAAAACCAAUCGACGAAGAAGUCACAAACGAUAAACCAAAGAAGAAAGUUGAACAACAAUCAAUUUCAAAAUUGAUUGUAGAUGGUGAUUGGUAUCUUGCAACAUGUAUUGCAAGUUCAUUAAGUAAGUUAUACUUUAAGGCUGGUGAUUUAGGAUUGUCUGGAGAGGCAUUGAACAAAUUGCGUGCACAAGCCAUGUUGGUUUUGGUAAUAUUGAUCAACUUGGCAAAGAAAUCACAAGCAUCCACAUCAAAAUCAUCAUAUGAACGUAUCAUUUCAUGUAUAAACGUAUUGUCAACUCAAGAUCCAAUUGUAAAGGAAAUCUGGUUGAAAGAUUGUAAGCAAUCAUUUGCAAACUAUUUGGAAGUCACAAUUGCCAAACAAAAUGAAAACAAAAAGAAAUCGACAAAGGAAGCACUUGUAAAGCCAAACGAUAUCGUUUCCAUUAGACAAUUGAAAUCAAAGAAAGCAUUCGGUCCAAUCGAGGUUGAAGAUGAUUUAGGUAAAGCAGUUGGUACAGAUGUUGGUAGUGAUAAAUUUGAAUACUCAAAGAUCUAUCAAUUGAGUGGUUUCUCUGAUCCAAUCUAUGCCGAAGCCUACGUUAAAGUACAUCAAUACGAUAUUGUUUUGGAGAUCUCUGUUUUCAAUCAAACGAAUGACACCCUCCAAAAUGUAACAUUGGAGCUGGUCACUCUUGGUGACUUGAAGAUUUGUGAGCGUGUUCCACCAUUCACCAUGGGUCCACGUGAGAAAUCCAACUGCAAGGCAAGCAUCAAGGUAUCGUCGACCGACAAUGGUGUUGUCAUGGGUACUAUUGUCUUUGAUAUCGCAGGUUCGGUCAGUUCCAUCUCUGACAAGAACUGUGUCAUCUUGAAUGAAAUCAACAUUGACAUCAUCGACUACAUCCAACCGAUCACUCACCAGUACACCGAUGUCCUCUUCCGUAACCACUGGUUGGAGUUUGAGUGGGAGAACAAGAUUCCAGUGUACACCAAUAUCACCGAUCUCGUUGCAUACGUGCAACACAUCUCAAAGAUUACCAACAUGGGUAUCUUGACACCCGACAUUCAUCUCUCCAACGAAACCGGUAUCCUCUCUGCCAAUCUCUGUGCCAAGUCAGUGUUUGGUGAGGACGCUCUUGCCAACAUCUGUAUCGAGAAACAAGAAGAUGGAAAGAUUGUCGGUUACAUUAGAAUCCGUUCCAAAGUACAAGGUAUUGCUGUAAGUUUGGGUGCACGUAUUACAUCAAAACAAAAAGUUGCUCAACCAUCUGCAUAA